AUGCGUUACCUUGUUGUGUUUUCGUUGGUGUUGGUGGCGUAUGUUGCAUCAGAGUCUUGUCAAGAUACGAGACCAACUUGUCCAUCAUUGAAGAACUUUUGUAACGAAGGUGAUGUCAAAAGUAGUUGUCAAAAGACUUGUGGUGUCUGUGUGACUGAUACUCCGUUUCAAUGCGUGGACAAACUACAAUUCUGUCCAAACUAUUUCCAACAAUGCCAUGAUGAGAACAUUGCAGAACAAUGCCCCAAAACCUGCAACGUUUGUGGAACUACUACAAAGCCAUUGUGA